GCAAGCUCGGGAACAUUAGGAACUACAAGAUCAUCGCCAUGGACAGGACCCUCAACCGGUUCGUGUACGACGAUCUCGAAAGGAAUUAAUUCUCGACACCUGCUACCAGCGGUCGCUCCAGAACAUGAACUUCGCCCAGCGUCUCAGAGGCUUUCACGACACCGGCAUCGAGCUCAGGCGACGGCGAUACCACGAGAUCCUUGAGCUGUGCUGCCACGAAAUGACCAUGCGAGCCAGCAAUGGCCUCUAUAUGUACUUUGAGCCUCUACCACCAGCAUCACCACCACCGCGCCAACUCGACAACGACCUCGAACUCGACAUCAACCCCACGGACCCAGUCUCGACCAUGAACUUCACCGUGGGUCUCAUGCGGUCCAAUCCUCGAUACAAUCAUCUCUUUGACGAGACUCUUGUUGCCAUAUGCGUCCUCCUCGGCCGCAUCGGUGGUCGAUUCAUUGUCGACGACUUUGAAGUCAUGUGGUGCCACAACUUGUUCAGAACCAAAGUCGUAAAGGCGAUUGUGGUCUUUGCGCUGGCAUAUGUCGGCUCCAGAAGCAUAGCCGUGAGCACGCUGUUUGCAACCGCAUACUUCAUUCUUGGUCCUCGCUCUGCCAUCGACGCCAACUCGACCAGCACCAAGGACCUGAACAACCACCAUCACUACCGCAACUCCGUCGCAAGGUCUGGCGGCAAGAAGAAGAGCAGGGUUAGCGUCCACAAACAACACGGCAGAGGCAGUGGCCGCAAAAGCAGAAUCAGCAGACAACGCGGCAGAGGUAGUGGUAAGAAGUACCACAAGCACUCCAAGCGCCAGCCUGGUGGUAAAAAGUCUUCCAAGAAGCGACGAAGCAGCAAGCGCAAGGGUAAGCGCGGUGGUAACGGUGGUUGCCCGGUCGAUGCCAACGGUCGAGUCGAUUUUGCCUGCCCCAUCUGCGGCAAGACCCACAAGCUGUCGUCCAACCAGUUCCACAUUGAAUCCAUCCGCGUGCCUUCCGGCGAUGGUGCUGAUCGAUACCAGAGCCAGAUUGUCGUCCCCGUCUGCCCCGGAUGCGGAACCCAGAACCUCCGCCAAUUCUGCUCUUCCGCUUGA